GGCAGGGUCCGCGCCGCUCUCGGCGCUGCACUCCCCGUUUGAAAUCUGAUGGGCGGUGACUCAAACCUGUAGCAGGCGCAAUGGCAAGAAAAUAGGUAUCCAUCCCAAACAGGUUCCUUUCCCACGCUCCAAGACCCUCCAUCUUGCACUCGCCAGACUUCAGACCGCAAAAUUUUGCGGUUUUUUCCUUCCUGAGCCACGUAAAACCACCACCGGCGGCCAAUUGACUGAACACUGCAUCACAAUGGCCCCCACCGUGCUGCACCUCCGCAGCGAGACCAAGCCGCUCGAGCACAGAUCGGCCCUGACGCCGUCAACCGCCGCCGAGCUGAUCAAGGCCGGCUAUGUCGUCAAUGUCGAGCGGUCGCCCGAGAGGAUAUUCGACGAUGCCGAGUUCGAGGCUGUCGGCGCCACGCUGGUGCCCGAGGGCUCCUGGGUUGACGCUCCCAAGGAGCACAUCGUCGUCGGCCUGAAGGAGCUGGAGGAGAAGGACUUCCCUCUCAAGCAUGUGCAUGUUCAAUUCGCCCACUGCUACAAGCAGCAGGCCGGCUGGGAGAAGGUACUUGCCAGAUUCCCCCGUGGAGGCGGCACUCUGCUGGAUUUGGAGUUUUUGGUUGAUGACCGUGGUCGCCGCGUUGCUGCGUUCGGCUUCCAUGCUGGCUUUGCCGGCGCUGCCCUGGCCCUGGAGGUUUGGGCCUGGCAGCUGAACCACAGCGAGCCAUUCCCGGGUGUUGAGAGCUAUCCCAACGAGAGUGCUCUGAUCGCCGAUGUCAAGAAGGCGCUCGAUGAGGGUGCCAAGAAGGCUGGGCGCCUGCCUCGCGUCAUUGUCAUCGGCGCCCUCGGCCGCUGUGGGUCAGGGGCCGUGGACGCCUUGCGCAAGGCUGGACUGCCCGAGGAGAACAUCCUCAAGUGGGAUAUGGCCGAGACGGCGAAGGGCGGGCCCUUCAAGGAGAUCACCGACAGCGACAUCUUCAUCAACUGCAUCUACCUAACCAGCAAGAUCCCCAACUUCGUCAACAUGGAGUCCCUCCAGACGCCUGACCGCAAGCUCACCGUCGUCUGCGACGUCUCCGCCGACACCACCUCCCCCUUCACCCCGGUGCCCAUCUACAGCGUGGCCACCACAUUCGACAAGCCGACUGUCCCCGUCGACGGCCUGCAGAGCGGCCCGCCGCUCUCGGUCAUCUCCAUCGAUCACCUGCCGUCGCUGCUGCCGCGUGAGGCAUCCGAGGCGUUCAGCCGCGACCUCCUCCCGUCGCUGCUGACCCUCAACGACUGGCAGAACUCGCCGGUUUGGGCCCGCGCCCACAAGCUCUUCAAGGAGAAGGUUGCGACGCUCCCUGCCAGCGCAUUGGAGAACUAAGGCAGCGGGUUCGGGUUGCAAGAAUAAAAUGCCGGAAUGUAGAGUGUGAUCUGAGGCGUAUCACGCCGCGUGAGGUUCAUGAACUACUUUUAUAUACGGCAUUGCCGACUUUGAGUGUGUGAUAGACA